AACCCUAAAACCCCUCCGCGACUUCGCUCCGCAAUUCUCCGGGCGAAAACCUCCACUCCUCCCCUCAUCCCGACCACGACGAGAUCCGGAGAUCUCGAAACCGGGAUCUCCGUGUUCUUGGGCCCUCUCGUUAGGAUUUCUGGAUGGAAGCCAUCGUGGAUCAGGACCAGAAAUGGCUUAUCGACUGCUUGACGGCGACGCUGGACACCAACCGCGAGGUCCGAUCCUUCGCCGAGGCCUCGUUGCAACAAGCUUCAUUACAAGCAGGAUUUGGAGCUGCGCUUGCCAAGAUCACUGUGAACAAGAAAAUUCCAUUUGGAUUACGUCAGCUGGCAGCUGUCUUGCUAAAGCAGUUCAUAAAACAGCAUUGGCAGGAAGAUGAAGAGACUUUCAUACAUCCUGUUGUUUCGGCUGCAGAAAAGGGAGUUAUACGUCAACUUCUGCUUCCCUCAUUGGAUGACUCUCAUGGGAAAAUUCGCACUGCUGUUGGCAUGGCAGUGGUAUCGAUUGCACAAUGUGAUUGGCCAGAGGAUUGGCCUGAAUUAUUGCCUUUUCUCCUGAAGUUGAUAAGUGACCAGAGCAACAUCAGUGGAGUUCGUGGAGCUUUAAGAUGUUUAGCUCUUCUCUCUGGUGAUUUGGAUGAUAGUUUGGUUCCGAGAUUAGUCCCCACUCUUUUCCCAUACUUGAAUACAAUUUUAUCAUCCCCUCAUCUGUAUGAAAAAUCUCUGCGUGCAAAAGCUCUUUCAAUAAUCCACUCCUGCAUUUCUGUCCUGGGGUCAAUGAGUGGUGUAUACAAGUCAGAAACUAUUGCAUUGAUUAUGCCAAUGCUUAGUUCAUUGAUGGAGCAGUUCUCCAUCAUUCUACAACCUCCAGUGCGGUCUGAAGAUCCUGAUGACUGGAGCAUUAGAAUGGAGGUGCUCAAAUGUUUACUCCAGUUUGUUCAGAACUUUCCAAGCCUCACUGAAGCACAAUUUUCUGUCAUUGUUGCACCUUUGUGGCAGACAUUUGUUUCUUCUCUAGAAGUAUAUCAGUUAUCUUCAAUCCAAGGUAGUGAGGAUUCCCAUUCUGGGAGAUAUGACUCUGAUGGUGUUGAACAAAGUCUUGAAUCAUUUGUCCUUCAGUUAUUCGAAUUUUUGUUAACCAUGGUGGGAACCUCUAGAUUGGCAAAGGUCAUCAGGAUGAACAUCAAAGAGCUGGUGUAUUACACUAUAGCUUUUCUGCAGAUGACUGAAGAACAAAUACAUACAUGGUCGUUAGAUGCUAACCAGUAUGUUGCCGAUGAGGAUGAUGCUACUUACAGUUGUCGUGUGUCAGGCUCUCUCCUGCUGGAAGAGAUAGUUAAUGUUUUUGAUGGAGAAGGAAUUGAUUCUAUAAUUGAGGCUUCUGAAAAACGUUUCAAUGAGUCACGUCAAGCAAAAGUUGCUGGUUCUGCAGAUUGGUGGAGAUUACGUGAAGCAUCUCUUUUUGUGCUGGUUUCUUUAUCAGAACAGUUGCUUGAAGCACAGGCUUCAGGAUUGACAAAAUUCAAUUUAGGAAAUCUUCUUGAGCAGAUGAUCACCGAAGACAUGGGAAUGGGGAUACAUGAAUAUCCAUUUCUUCAUGCACGUGUAUUCUCCACGGUGGCCAAGUUUUCUUCAGUGAUUAAUCGGAGAAUCUGUGAACAAUAUCUCUACAGUGCUACUCAAGCUAUAGCUUUAGAUGUCCCACCACCAGUUAAAGUUGGUGCUUGUAGGGCAUUAUCCCAACUCCUGCCAGAAUCUAAUCAUGAAAUUAUUCAACCGCACAUAAUAGGUUUACUUUCAUCUCUUACAGAACUUCUAAGGCAGGCAUCGGAUGAAACACUAUAUCUUGUUCUAGAUACACUUCAAGCAGCCAUCAAAGCAGGUCAUGAACAAUCAACUUCCAUUGAGCCAGUUAUCUCUCCUAUCAUCCUCAAUGUGUGGGCGCAAAAUGUUUCAGAUCCAUUCACCAGUAUCGAUGCUGUGGAGGUCUUGGAGGCUAUCAAGAACGCUCCUGGAUGUAUACGACCAUUGGUGUCUCGGAUUUUACCAUGUGUUGGAUCUAUUUUAGAGAAACCACAGUCGCAGCCUGCUGGAUUAGUUGCUGGCUCAUUGGACCUCUUGACAAUGAUACUGAAAAAUGCUCCUCUUGAUGUAGUGAAGGCAGUCUUUGACAUCUGCUUCAAUCAUACCAUCCAUAUUAUCCUUCAAAGCGACGAUCACGGUGAGAUGCAGAAUGCAACAGAAUGUUUGGCUGCAUUCCUAUCUGGUGGAAGGCAAGACUUGCUUCAAUGGGGUGGUGAUCCAGGGCUUACAAUGAAAAGUCUGCUUGAUGCUGCUUCUAGACUUUUGGAUCCAGACCUAGAAAGUUCAGGAUCACUUUUUGUUGGCAGCUAUAUUUUGCAACUUAUUUUACAUUUGCCAUCACAAAUGUCCAUGCACAUUCGCGAGCUUGUCGCUGCUGUUGUGAGCCGGUUGCAGUCUUGUGAAAUAGCAGGGUUGAAAAGUUCCCUGAUUGUCAUUCUUGCUAGACUGGUACAUCUCAGUUCCCCAGAUGUUGAUCAAUUCAUUAACUUAUUGCUUACAAUUCCUGCUAAAGGCUAUGAAAGUUCAUUUGCUUAUGUGAUGUCAGAAUGGACAAAACUACAGGGUGAAAUCCAGGGAGCCUACCAGAUAAAGGUUACAACAACUGCACUGGCUUUAUUGUUAUCCACACGUCAUGUGGAGCUGGCAAAAAUUAAUGUCCAAGGCCAUCUUAUAAAGUCUGGUGCAGGUAUAACUACUCGUUCAAAAGCUAAAUUAGCCCCCGACCAAUGGACCAUAAUUCCUCUUCCUGCAAAGAUCUUUUCAUUAUUAUCAGAUACAUUAGUUGAGAUUCAAGAGCAAGCUUUGGAUGAUGAUGAUGAGGAUAGUGACUGGGAAGAAGUUCCAGAUGAUCAUGGUGGCAUACGACGAGAAAUAUUAUAUUCAUCAACUGUCCCAUCACAUGUGAGUCCUUCAGUUGAACAUCUUGAUGCCAUGGCAAAAGUUCUUGAUGAGGGUGACGAUGAUAGCUAUGAUGAUGAUCUUACAAAAGUUGAUCCUCUUAAUGAGAUCAAGUUGGCAGAUUUCCUCACGAACUUCUUUGUCAACUUAUCAAGUACUGAUGGAUCUCUUUUUAAUUAUCUUUGCCAGAGUCUAACACAUGCACAGAGAUCUGGUGUGGAAAAGGUUCUAAGCAAGUGAAGCAGUUUUAAAAAAUCACGGGACCGUGCUGGGUGUAACUUUUCCCUAUUCUAUGAGUAAAUAUCAUUUGUUCACCUUGCCGAAGUUUCUUUUUUAGUAGGUCGGUGAGGCUAUGUUGAGUUUUGAGUUUGAGACAGAAAGGCACCACUGGCUAAGAAAAUGUUUGACGGGGGCAUGUAAGAUAUGAUAGUAUGGAUUGGUAAGUGCAGAUUAGCCUUUGGCACCAACCACCAAGAAAAAAAAAAAAAAUUCCUCCCAAUUCGAAAAUACAUUCCAUUUUGGAUAAUCCCAUUGGAUCCAUGAGAUUACAAUAGGAUUUUAGUAGACCGAGCAUAGCCUACAUUAAUAAGAUUUUUCUCAUUAA